AUGGAGGUGUGCGGCGCUGCCCCAGCUACUCCUCAGCAACGGAGGCGGCUGGCACUGCCCCAACCGCUUGGUGGCACAGAGGCGGCCGGCGCUGCCCCAGCUGCCGCCGCUCGGCACAGAGGAGACCAGUGCUGCCGCUGCUGCCGCUUGGCAGAGCCAUCUGGCACUGCCACGGCCGCCAGGCUCGCUCACCCCGGCCUGGCGCUGCCCCGCGGUGCCCACGGGAGUCUGCUCCCCCUGCCGCGCAACAGACAGCUUAGGCACUGUGGAGCUGUGGUGCACGGCAGACAAGUGUCAGUCAGGCUGCCUGACCCUGACCAGCGGGCAGACACCAUGAAGCACAGUGAAGAUAAACCAUGGGAUGAAAAUCCUGGAGACUCUGUGUCUUACAUCUAUGAAACAGUUAUUGCAGAUGAUUACCAGAAUAUCUCUGAUAUUAACUUGUCAGAUGUCAGGGGAGCAUCAGAAAAAACAGACCUCACUUUUAACCCAGAGGUACUUUCUGAAAGAUUAGAAAUUAACGAGCAAUCGAUAUUGGUGCUUCCAAGAAGAGUAUCAUGUGAGAACCCUGGUGAGAUAUUCAUUCUAUUGAAAGAAGAAAUAGAUGAAGAAACUCUAGAAAUUGAAUUCAUAACAGAUAAUCAACGAAUUAGAACAUGGACAGACUCUUGGAACAAGAAAGUCAAAUAUGUGAAAGCCCUAGAGCUUCCCGCUGGCCCUGUAUAUGUAAAUGUCUACUGUGGGGGAAUCAUUAAGACGACAGCACAGAUUGAGUACUAUACUGCGCUAGAGGAAAUGGAACUUAUUUUAAAGAAAGUGGCUGACCCAAUAGCUUUCACUUGUCAGCAGACAUUGAAAUUUUCUUCUGUAGAGAAGGUAGACAAUGUUCUGACUUCAUUAUUGAAAAGUAAAAUAUCUACUUACGAAUUCAGCCCAUUCCAAAGUGAAGAGCACCAUCACCAAGGUAGCCAUUUGGAAGAAUUUCCUACCCUACUUCACUGUGCAGCCAGAUUUGGCUUGAAGAACCUUGCAACAUUUCUACUCAGUUGUCCUGAAGCCACACAGGCUUGCAAAAUAACCAAUAAAUAUGGGGAUGAUCCAGAAAGUAUUGCAAAGAAGCACGGGCACAAGGAAUUAGGAAAAUUAAUCAAAGAAUUAUCAAAUUAUGCAGCAAGUGAUUUCACUUAUUGCAAGAAGGAAGUGGAAGACAGCGACACUUACGAGCCUAUAUUAGGCUCAGAAACUCCACCAACCAUAGCAAAGCAGAACUCAAGAGAUCAAUAUGCAAUUGGAUCGAGAUGCCAACAAGAAGUUGAGGUGGAUGAGGAAAAGAGGGAUGACCUAAAAGACAGCAGAGAGGAGACAGGAUCUGAAGAUGAAGAGGAGGAUUCAUACAGCCUUCACAACAGUCCUAGCAGUUUGUAUGCCAACGUAGGGGAUGAACUCAAAGAGAGCAGGAGAGAUUGCUUUUUCUGCAAGAGGCCACCCCCUCCUCCCCCUCGAAAUCUGCCUGGCAUCCAAAGAAAGGACAACCUGCAUAAUUCAUCACAAGAGAGGAAUUCUGUGAUGGACAGGAGUAAAAGAGAACAGGGUGAUGGACUCAUAGCCACAUGCAGCGGAGAAGACCAAGGUAGCUGCGAGGAGGACAGCGAGGACGAGCACCCCUACACUUGUAUGGCACUGGAUGAACGUGUGUAUGACCUCAUCCUGGGGCAGGAGGAGCGGGAGGAGGAGAGAAGGAAGCACUGCAGGUCCUUCAUCAUGAACAGACCACCAGCCCCUGCGCCCCGGCCCGUGCGUUCACUGGUCAGGGAGGAGAACACUCCCUACAUUGUACAAGUGUUUCAGCAAAAGGCCUGUCGAGUGACCAGUGACAACAGCAGGACAUACAGCGAGGCCAAGAAUCCUGAAGCACACGGAGGCCACACUGAGACAGUAACUUACAGCUCUGUGGUACACAGGAUCCCUCCUGAACAGGAAGAACUCAUCCACUUGCAGGAACAGGUGAAAAAGGGGGCAAUUUCUGUGGAUGAAGCUCUUGACAGAUUUAAACAGUGGCAGAACAAAAAGCAGAGACUACCAGCUACUCCACAGUCUACAACUAGGAGCUCAACAGACAAGGAACAGCUGCCUAAUUACCCAAGUGUGACACUCCAGCCAGCUGCACAUCAGUUUCCUCUGCUUGGCAUUCCGCAUGUUCCAGCUGUGCCCUGACAGCCUCAGGCUUCAGCCCAUCCUGCAGUGUCACCACUGUGGGAUCAUUGCUGCACUUCCAGUGCCUUGGAUUCUCCUGCCAGGGCCAGCUCUGGAAGAAGACCAGUAUCACUAAAGCAAAUUAAUAAGGUUUCUUGUAAAAUCAUCAACUAAUUUUACACCUUUUCUUUGCUUUUUCUUUUUCCAAGAUGACAGCUGACAAUUUAUAUAAAGAUGUAUUGCAUGCUUUGGUUAAUAAGUUUUGAAGUUAUUUCAGUUUUUCCAUUGUGCUUGAUAAGUUGCUUAAAAGUAGAUUUUAUGCACAAAAGAGCAAGUUCUGUA